AUGUCUGCGCCGUUUGCCCCAAAACGCCGAAACGUAAUGUCACCCUCACGACCAGCUCGGCCAUUUGCUCCUGGUCCCAUUUUCCGUUCCUUAGGCCAGCAUGGUACCCCUGUAGGCCUGCCCACCCACCCAGGGACGGCUCAGCCUGACGAUGCCCCUCCAGGCUCGAGAUUCCUCGCCAUGGCUGGACCACAUGUAGCCUCACAAUGGCAUCGCACAGGUGAAUACACCGUCUUACGGUUCCGAGUGAACCCGCACCCUGGCCUUGCGCCUGGGCAUAGGGGCCUCGGUGUUGCGUUGUGCUUUCACAAUGGAUACUGGCAUUCCUUGGCUGAAGGAGCAGCCCCAGAUGAGAGCCACACCCUUCCCUCAGCGCCAAACUACGUCAUUCAGAGUAGCGACGCCAACCUCUGGGUCGAGGAAGAUGAUGUGUUUGACACUGGUCUUGUCUCAUCGAGCCACCCAGAACGUCAGCCCGAGCAGCCCAAGCCUUCGUUGAUACGAUUACAGCGUCCUGUAACUUCCACUCAAGAGAGUGUCAAGGACGUGGCCAGCAAGAGACAGCCUCAGCAACCCAUCAACAACAAGCUCAUCCUGUGGACAGGUUACGCCCUUUUAUGCUACUUAUUUCUCGCCACUCUCAUCUCCUUCUUCCAUCCGCGCCAACAGCCCCUGGAAACAGUCUACGAAGCCACGCCCUUUCAUCCGGAAGCCAUCGUCACUGAUGUGCUCCCAAUUUACGAUCGCUUCCACCAACUCUGUCUCCGUCAAGCACUCUUCCCACGCAACUCGACCUUCUUUAAUCUUCCCCUUGACACGCUGUCCGUCGGGCUUAUGUUCAGUAAUAGGGAUUUGUGCCUUCCUGUACAAGAUAUUGGCACCAUGUGGCAUCCUGAACAAGGCCUGACGAUGGACAUAAUGGAGCGUUGGGACUACGAGAAAGAGUUGAGAAAGGGCGGUCCAGUAUACGACGGGGUCGACUUGUACGAGGUCUGUUCGAACGUUUCCAAGGCCGUGGAUCGCGCCACGACGAGAUUUCUGAACACUAUUUGGUAUCUCGAGAGCCGCGCAACUGCCACCAGCAGAACAGCGAUCGAGGGGCUAGCGGUAAGCCUCAUGAUUCGAGAAAAGAUGGAUGCGCAAAAUGCCACCUCGACGAAGCCAUCAGGGAAGCCAUAUACAACCGGGCCAGCAGCUCCCCCAACUCCAGAUCCUUCGCCACUUUUGACCCUUGCUUUCUUGAAAGACACUGCGGACCAGGAAGUGGGACCGAGUUUGCACAGUAUGAUGGAUAAGAUGAUGGAAGAGAUGAACGAGUUCCGGAAGCUGUUGAAGGAUGCUAUACGAAAAAUAGACCAGGUCCUUGACAUCUCUCGCAACGCCACCGAGCACAUUACAGACACCAACCACGGCACGGGCACAAGAGAAUCACUCUUUUGGAAAUCCUGGUGGACCCGAAACAACCCAGAAACACGGGGAAAGGCCCAAAAGGCAAAGCUGCUCCGUAAGACCAAGGACUCGAUGGGCUUUUUCAUCAACGUCAGGCACAACUUGACCGUGGUUGCAUCAGCUCUGGAAGAGGUGUAUAAUGAACAAGAAGACAUCUUACACGAGGAAGAUAAGAUCGCACUCUGGAUUCAACAGCUUCUCGACACCGCGUCCCUCGCUUCACAAGCUGACUCCGGCGGCAUCGUCCACUUGCAAAACAAUUCCAGUGAGAACUACAUAGCAGGCAAGUGGCAUGCGAGCCUCUGGGCCCCAUACCGUCCAAAGUUGGAGAAGGAAGAGUUUGGCCAGUGGUGCCUGUACCCAGAUUGCCCACGAGCUCAAGGCGAGAAGGUUAUAGUGAGACUGCAUCUACCGAAUCCGACCGAGGCAAUUGCGGCUAUAUUUCCUACUUGGAUGCUGAUCCUCUAA